AUGUCGAACGCAUUGACUAAAGCCCUCCCAAAGGCGCUCAAGGAAGUCCGUCUGCAUCUCUGCCAGACCGGCCAGGCUUCCGCAGGAGCAAGGAAGUUCCUCGAGACCAACUACAAGCCCAUUAAGCAGUCCAACCCGGACCUUGCAUUCCUUGUCCGAGAGGCUAGCGGUACUCCCGCCCGUGCCUUUGCUCGUUUCGAGCGCGGCGUCGAGAAGCACGUGGAGCUUGACGGUCUCAGCUCGGCUGACGUCGAGAAGAAGUUCGGCGAGCUCCUUUCUUCAUCGGCAUAG